CGCCGGGCCGGUUGCUAAGACUUGGCGAAGCGCUGCGCUCGCUCCCGGAUCUCUCAGGGGUUAGCAGGACAUGAGGGAGUGUAGCCCUGAUGCGGUGACCUGGGCCGGAGCCCUCAGACUAGCCUCAGCUUUGGCGGCAGCACGCCCUGCCUCGUGGAGCCACGGCCUCCUGGGACGCACUCCCCAGCCGCCCGCAGCCGCCGGAUGAUCCUCUGCUCCCGUCUCUGUCUCCCACAGUCGACAUCGCUGAGGAUGGAGCCCGCCCCGGGCCUCGUGGAGCAGCCCAAGUGCUUGGAGGCCGGGAGCCCAGAGCCUGAGGCGGCGCCGUGGCAGGCCCUGCCUGUCCUGUCCGAGAAGCAGUCGGGGAACGUGGAGCUGGUGCUGGCCUACGCCGCGCCCAUCCUGGACAAGCGCCAGACCUCACGCCUCCUGAAGGAGGUGUCGGCCCUGCACCCGCUCCCCGCCCAGCCUCACCUCAAGCGGGUGCGGCCCAGCCGUGAUGCCGGCAGCCCCCACGCCCUGGAGAUGCUGCUGUGCCUGGCCGGGCCAGCCUCGGGCCCGCGUUCGCUGGCUGAGCUCCUGCCACGGCCGGCUGUGGAUCCCCGCGGCCUGGGGCAGCCCUUCCUGGUGCCUGUGCCCGCCCGGCCGCCUCUGACCAGGGGCCAGUUCGAGGAGGCCCGGGCCCACUGGCCCACGUCCUUCCACGAGGACAAGCAGGUGACCAGCGCCCUGGCUGGGAGGCUAUUCUCCACGCAGGAGCGCGCCGCCAUGCAGAGCCACAUGGAGCGGGCGGUGCGGGCGGCUCGGCGGGCGGCAGCGCGGGGCCUGCGGGCCGUGGGGGCCGUGGUAGUGGACCCGGCCUCGGACCGCGUGCUGGCCACCGGCCACGACUGCAGCAGCGCAGACAACCCCCUCCUGCACGCCGUCAUGGUGUGCGUGGACCUCGUGGCGCGUGGCCAGGGCCACGGCACCUACGACUUCAGGCCGUUCCCCGCCUGCUCCUUCGCCCCGGCCACCGCCCCACAGGCCGUCCGUGCAGGCGCCGUGCGUAAACUGGACGCAGACGAGGAUGGUCUCCCCUACGUGUGCACCGGCUACGACCUGUACGUGACCCGCGAGCCCUGCGCCAUGUGCGCCAUGGCGCUGGUGCACUCACGCAUCCUGCGCGUCUUCUACGGUGCGCCCUCGCCUGACGGCGCCCUGGGCACCCGCUUCCGCAUCCACGCACGGCCCGACCUCAACCACCGCUUCCAGGUGUUCCGCGGGGUGCUGGAGGAGGAGUGCCGCUGGCUGGACCCCGACACGUAGGCGCCGCCCUCCUGCCUCCGGACCCAUCCUGCUGCUGGCCGGGGGCCGCCCCUCCUGGACUUCCGGUCCUCGAUUUCUCUCGCAGAAGCCUGUCUGGAUUUCAAGGACACACACCACCUCCAGCGGGAAUCAGGGUGCUGCCUUCCGUGCGGAGCGAGCUUCCUGGACUUAGUCAUUGGGGCCACCCCUGUGCUUGCGGGGCUCUUCUGCGGAUGCCCUCGCAGCUUUUGUGUUAUCCCCUGUCUCGCGGGCCAGGAAAAAGCUCUGAUGGGGAAAUAAACAGCUUAAAACCAAA